CAUCAUUUGAUUGACUAUUUUAGUCAGAUCUAAAAAAACUCCGAUUGGGUUAUGAUUUUAUGUCAUAAAAUUGGUUUUCGACAUAGGCUCCAUUUGCGACAAAACUGUCUAAUUUUUGCGACACAUCAAAUAGACAUAAUUUUUUCUAACUCCAAAAAGAGCGAUGCCAUAAAAUUUUUCAGAUAUAAAGCAAAUAUCAUAUCAAGUUAGUAUACCCCAUUCAACCCAUCCACACCACUAACAAUGACAUCUCUAAUCCCAUCAUCCAUGUCAUCAUCAUCUUCAUCAUCAAAUGCAUCUUCCCUUUCACAUCCAUCUUUAACUGAUCAUUAUCCUGUAACCAUCUUACCUCGAAUUUCUGAUUUAACCCUUUCAAAUCGAGUUAGUAUACCAACUUUAUCAUCAUCCAUAAAUGAAUCUAAUAUUAUUGAUUUUGGAAUUUCAAAAUCAAUUAUAUCAAGUUAUAUCAUUAAACCUACUCCUAAAUUGAUUUGGUCCUAUGCUUUAAGUCCAUCUUGUGUGGUUGAUUGUAUGGAUGUUUAUCAAAUUGAUAAUAUUAAAUAUUAUUUAAUUGGGAUAACUGAUCGUAAACUUCAUAAAAUAGUAGUGAUCAAAAGAGGGAUUAUUGAUAAUGAAACUAAAGCAUUUGAAGUGAAGGUCACUACUAAAAUUAUUAAUAUUAAACUGAUUGAACAAGGGAAAUCAUUAAUGGUGAUUUAUGAACAAGGUACCAUUGAGAAAUUUAAUCUUGAUAUUGAUGAUGAAGGAGAUAUAGUGAUUGAAUCAUCAAAACUUGAAUUAACCACCUCGAUUAAAAGAAAAUCAACUAUUAUUUUCAAUCAAUUCAUUAAUGAUUUAUUAUCGGAUAAAUCAUUGAUUUUAUUAAUAUCUCAUCAUCAAUCAUCUUUACAAUAUACAUUAGUAUCAUAUUCUUCAACUCAAAUUUUAGAAAUUAAUUCAUUCAUAACUCCAUCAACCACAUCCGCCUUAAAGUUCUCUUAUGUUAAUGGAUUCAUUUAUAAUUUAAAUCUUGAAAGUUUAACUAUCUCAUCGAUAAAUAUCGGUAAUUUCAAACUUGAAAAAUCCAUCUCCAUAAAUUCAUUAAUCUCAACUCCAUCAAAGGAUGUGGAUAAUAUAGCAUUUUUUUCACCAAGUAUAGAUCGUUUAAUCAUUUCCAUCAAUAAUAAAAUCCAUUUGAUUAAUUUUAAAUUUGAAAGUUUAUUAGAUACAUUCAUUUCCAAAUCUUCUUCUUCAUCAGAAACUAAUCCUGAUAAAGUUUUCAUUAAUCAAGUGUUAAAUGUCAAGGGUCAAUCUUUAAAUACAGUCAAUUCCAUCAUUGUUUAUUCAUACCUUAAGAACAAAGAUAAGAAUGUUUAUCUUUCUGUGAUUAAUUUGAAUGUGGGAUUAAAUAAAUUGAAUGAAUGUUUAGGUAAAAGUUUAAAGAAUGUUAAACAAGUACAAGAACAAGAACAAGAAAAUGAACAAUUCACAGGAUUGAUUAAUUUAAUUAAUGAUAAUUUCGAUAUUGAAUCAAAUCAAUUAUCUCAAGAAUUAUCUGAAAUAUAUCAUCAAUUAAAGACCUUUAGUGGAGAGAAGAAUUUAUCUCAAUGGGAAAGAGUCUUAAUUCCAUAUUUAAAAAAUGAAUCAUGGGAAUCGAUAAAGAAAUCGAUUAAUAAACCUCAUAAAAAGGGAAAAUCAUCUAAUGUUAUUCCUAAUGGCACUACUAAUCUUUCUAAUGGUUCUAAAAUCUAUAAUUUUAAAGAAUUCGAUGUCGAAAAUGAUAGAAUUAUUGAUAUAAAUUUCAUAAGACAAAUUUUAUUACUUAUUUUUAAAUUCGAUACAAAUCAUAAAAUCGAAUAUAAACAAUCUGAUUUCAUCCCAGAAUAUACUUUAAUCUACCUUUUAACCAAUCCUUUAUUCCCAGAUGAAUUCACUAAGGGGUUAUUACAAUUAUUUAAUAAGAGUUCUCAAAUCACUUUAUUAAGACAAUCAAUCAUUACGUGUCCGAACUUAACUGUGAUUGAAUUAUUAGAACAAUUGAUUAAUGGGGAUAAUAAUAAAGAUAUCUUUCAAGAUUUAAUUAAUCGAUUAAUUGCGGGAUUCUCUACUAUUGAAAUCACCAAGAAAUUUAAAUAUUUAAUUGAAUCUCAUAUUAAUGAAGAUUUUAAAUUAGAUCAAUUAUUAAAUAAAUUAUUAUUAGUGGAGAAGAAUUAUAAAAUUUGGUAUUUGAUUGAGAUUAUAAUCGAUGUCGGAGGAUUAUUCAAUUGGUCAGAAUCUACCAUUGAAAAAUUACAACAAUUGAUUGAAAUUAAGAUUAAUUCAUUAAUGGCAAAUAGUUAUAACUUGACAUUAGUGAAUCAAGUUCUCUUAUCCCCCACAAGUCAUACCAAAAAGCAACAUAUUAAAUCAAAGGGUAAUAAGAAAUCAAAAGAAGGUGAUAUCAUUUCAACUAAUGUUCAACAACAAGCUCAAUUAGAUUCAAUUUUAACUAUUGCAAAUAUAGCUAAUAAUAAACAUUUGGAUAAUCCAAGUAUUGAAAUCUCAAAGAAGGUUCCAAAUUACUCUAUAGAUAAAUUAAUCUUAUAAGUAUAUAACCAAUCCAAAUAACACUAGCAUCUCAUAAUAAAUGUAUAUAUAUAUAUAUAUAAAUAAGUUGUUGCAAAAAGAUUAAAAUAGUUUUGUCAUAAAAAUUUAAUUUGUGACAUGACAUGGAAAUUUCGCGACGUAAAAAAUUGUGAGAUUGACAUUUUCAAAAAAUUUUUAAACCAAUC